AUGGAGACAUACAUCCUCAGUCCCAGCAAUGAGAGCAACUCCUGGAGAAAUGUCUGUUCGAUUGGGACAUCUGACGGACCCGAGGUGGUCAUUGUGCCGAUUGCCUUCGGUUUAAUCUUCCUACUCGGCAUGGUUGGGAACACCCUGGUGAUAAUCGUGCUGGGACGGACCAAAUCCAGGAGAUCGCGCAGCACAACAAACACUUUCAUCCUGAACCUCAGCAUUGCCGACCUCUCCUUCCUCCUGUUCUGCGUCCCGUUCCAAGCCACAAUCUACUCGCUGCCCGAGUGGAUCUUUGGCGCUUUCCUUUGCAAGUUGGUGCACUAUUUUUUCACCGUCACCUUGCUGGUGAGCAUCUUCACCCUGGUGACCAUGUCGGUGGACAGGUACAUCGCCGUGGUCCACUCCAAGCGUCCCCCGUGCAUCCGAAACAAGAGGAACGCCUCGGUGGCCGUGGCUGGCAUUUGGCUGCUGUCGCUGUUGGCCGCCGUGCCAAUCGCCCACCAUCAAACUCUGGUCACCGGAUACCACUGGGCUCCCAACUGCUCCUUCUGCUGGGAAGUUUGGGAGGAAGGAAGUCUGAAGAGGGUCUACAAGGUCACCAUCCUGAUCAUAGGCUACCUUCUGCCCUUGCUGUUGAUCUGCUGCUGCUAUGCCAAGGUUUUGUUUCACCUCCACAAGAAGGUGAGGAACAUGUCAAAGAAAUCGAAACGGUCCAAGAAGAAGACUGCCCAGACAAUCAUGCUGGUCAUUGCAGUGUUUCUUCUGUCCUGGCUGCCCCACCACAUCAUAACUAUGUGGGUUGAAUUUGGAAACUUCCCCCUAACCGAGGCAUCAUUUGCAUUCAGGAUCAUCUCUCAUUGUAUGGCAUAUGGAAAUUCCUGCAUCAACCCCAUAAUAUAUGCGUUCCUCUCAGAAAAUUUUCGGAAAGCCUGCCAUCAAGUCUUCAAAUGUAAAUUCCUUUUUCCACAACCCAUUGAGGGGAAGGUGGUCAGGAUUCGCAUGGAGAACUUUUCUACAACCCCUUCAACGACAAAUGCUUGA